GCCAGUGGAGUGGAGAAGGCUUCAAACCCCGGACGGGAGCAGCGAGAGACAGCCACCAGCGGUGAGCUCCGUCCCCCAGGACAGACCACCACCGCCUCCACCGCCGCAGUGAACCCUGGGAACUGUGGGGCUUGUUGCAGGACUCCAUCCCGGGCUUGUCCUUCAUGCUGUCCACUCUGUUGGGCGGGGGCACGCUGUGUACCAUGGCUGCCCUCGUGCUCCUUGUCAUCUCCACGGCCACCGACUAUUGGAUGCAGUAUCGCUACUCCGGGAACUUCGCCAAUCAGGGCCUCUGGAGGUUUUGCAUCAAUCGCAAGUGUCAUGCCCACACGUUAACUGUGGACUUCUGGGACGCCACGCGAGCCUUCAUGCUGCUGUCCGUGCUGAGCACCUUCGUUGCCGCGCUUCUGGGCCUCGGCACCUUCACCUCCUCCACCAAGAGCCGGAGGGUUAGGGCGGGAGGCGUCGCCUCGCUGCUGGCUGGUGAGCCCCGACUCCAGCCGCACGCACUAGGCAUAGGGCCAGGAUUCCUUUCGUUGUUAGCCUUGGCAGUCUACACUGGGGCGACUGUCCACUUCUUUGGCAAGCGGUACAUUAACUGGAGGUUCUCCUGGUCCUACAUCCUGGGCUGGAUGGGCGUCAUCUUGGCCCUGGCUUCUGGUAUCCUUCAGCUUUGCGCAUACCGGAGGAAGAUGUCUGAGCUUCCCCCACCCUCAAUCACUUCAGACAGCUGAAGUUCUCCUGGACGUUUCACCGAAAGCAACACCAGCACCCCAGUCCCCCUGCAACUGUAAAGAGUGCAGUGCAGCAGUUUCAGCUGCUGCAAAAUUGCUUCAAAAUCUUCAAAUCUUGAGUAUUGGAAUUCUGAUAAAGAAAAAAGGAACAAUGGAUCUAGAUAAAAUAAAAUAUGUUGGGACUAUU